CGUCAGGUCACUCGACACUUGACUCGACUCGACUCGAGCAAGGCCCAUCCGCGCGAGUCAACGUCCACCAGUCUGCAGAGCCUGCACGGUUGUAGUCGUCGUCCCAUCCCCUUACCUGCAGGCUAGUCCGAGCAACCAGCAGAGCUGCGCAGAAGAUGGCCCUUGCAGCGGGCCGGGGUCGUUUGUCACCCGGACCGUCGGGGUCCGGGUUUGCUUGCUGUGACUGUAAAACGCCGAGUACAGUAUUACCCUAGACUCUAGGGUAGAGUCGCUUCGGAAGCGUCGUUGUGUUUCCGGCUCUCAUUCAUCGUUACUUGCCGCGGGUACCUCCUUAGCGAUCCACAGCCGUAUCGCCGCUAGGGUUGAUGUAGAAGCGCCGUUGUGUUUCCGACUCUCAUUCAUCGUCACUUGCCGUCUCGCUAGGGUUUGCUGUCUCUCCGAAAGUCUUCAAGUACAAAAAAGUUCGCGUUUGCGCCUAACCCGCGGCUGAGAAGCCGAAUGCGACGAGAGCAUUUUCAGCGCAGCAGCAUCCCCCGGGUAUCUCACGCCUCGACUUCAGCAUAGGCGCUUCGACAGCAUCGACAAAGGCAUCCCCGGGAUUACUUGCAUCACUUCCUGCCCCAUCGCCUCCGCUCUAUCGCCUCCGCUGGCAGCAGCAGAGGCGCAAUGGAGAACCCCCCGCGUCCUCCCUCCGCAUUCCGGCGCCGCCUUGCAUCCCGUUGUAGUCGUGCGCCCGCGCCCCUUGGUUCCGCCAGCCUCUCUCUGCCGCGCCCCUCUCUGCUGCUUCUCGCGCUGCUGCUCCGCCACGCGCCCGUCACCGCGGGCAUUCUCCGCCUCACGUCCUCCCUGGUCUGGUCUGCCGACUACUCGUUCCUCUCCGUCGACGCCGACUUCGGUCCCGACAUCCCUGUCCCCGGCAUCCGGGGGAAGUUGUAUCCGACGAUACCAGCCGAUGCAUGCCAGCCGAUUCAGAAUCGCGUGCCAUUCGGCGCCGCCCGUUUCGCGCUGAUUGCGCGCGGGAGCUGUUACUCUGUUGAGAAGGUGCAUAAUGCGGAGCUCGCAGGGUAUGCUGCGGCGGUGGUGUACAAUAACGAAUCUGAUCCAAAACUCCAUACAAUGAUUUCGAUUCUGCCUUUGAGCAUCACGAUCCCAUCGGCCUUGAUCUCGCUCGAAGACGGGCUCACUAUUCUUUCAGGCGCCGAGUCCCUCCAGCACCUCCUCGCUACCCUCUAUCCCACCGACCCCGACACCAUCUGGCCUUCCUCCAGGUCCCCGCCGUCGCUCCCCUGGUCCCCGCCCUCCGAAAGCUCCUCGACCAUCGUCAUAUGGAUCAUGGUCCCCCUCUUUGCACUCAUGAUGCUGCUUGGGUGUGCAUGCCUGUGUUAUAGGCAACAGCGUGCGGAGGCAGCAACGGAGGUGCAGCCGGCCGACGCAGAGGGGAAUCCGGCUGUCUCGCCGACUCGGCUGACAUCAGGAGAAGGUGUUCCGGCUAUUGGGUCAACUCAGCUGACGUCAGGAGGAGGUCCUGCGCCUGUCUUGCCGACUCAGCUGACGUCUUCUACAGAUAAGAUGACCAUAGAGGAGGUCAGGAAGCUCUCCGAGAAGACUUUUACGGGGCUGCCCUGUGCCAAGCGGGCAGGGGCUGAAAAUACGGGCGACAGCAGCAAGGGUGACAGUAGUGAAGGGGAUAAAAAGGAGAAGGUGGCAGUGUUAGGAGGAGAAAACGCAGAGGACUGUGGGCAGAGUGAUUGUAAAGAGCAGGGUAGCAGUAAGGAGAAGUAUCCAUUGGUGCGGCUCCAUACUGAUGAGCACUCAGGUGACAACAGCACGUGGGAAGACAUGGAGUUGGGUCGGCAGGGCAGCGUGCGGAGCCGAGUAUCCUUCUGCAGUAGGAGCGAGCGGGGGCGGCUGGAGGGGCGGAAGGGAGGGGAGGGUGGGGAGGAGGAGGUGAUCAUCAGGAGCACGUGGGAGACAUGUGCCAUCUGCCUUGAGGACUUUGCGUCUGGGGAACGGCUGAGAGUCCUGCCAUGCAGCCAUGAGUUCCACACUGAGUGUGUGGAUCAGUGGCUCACAACCCGCCAGCCCUUCUGCCCUGUCUGCAAACGCAUUGCACGAGCCUAGAAGAUACCGGCACAAGAAUAGACCCCCUUGUCUCCCACUCCCUCCUACUCUUGGUCAAAUAAUUUGGGGCGGGGUUUCGGAUAGCAGACAAAAUCCGUCUGAUGGUCUGAGAAUCACUCAGUUUUUGCUUUUCUAUUUAUUUCUGCUCGGGGAAAUAUAUUUUGUCCGAAUGUUCAUACCAUAAUCGCCCAUACAUAAUGCCCUGGGUGCUGUAUAGGAUUCCUCAAAUACGACCCUAAUAGGGCGGCGGCCGCCGCGGGGGUGAAUCCUGCUUUCCUGCCGAUCCAGCUGACGUCAGCGCCGGAUAAGAUGACCAUGGAAGAGGUCAUGGCGCUGCCCGAGAAGACUUUUUCGGGGCUGCCCGGUUCCAAGCGGGCAGAGGUUGAAAAUAAGGGCGGCAGCAGCAAGGGUGCCAGUAGUGAACGGGACAGAAAGGAGGAGGUGGCAGUCUUAGGAGGAGAA